AUGGAUGUUGAUGAGGGGGCGGAGGGCCGGAGGGCGGCCCUGGCCGGAGUCUACCAGCAGGUGCGGGAGCUGCUGGCCCAGGACGAGGGCGCCGCCCGGCUGGAACUGGACCGGCAACUGGGCCUGCAGCUGGAGGCGGCCCAGAACCGGAUCAGGGACCUGACCAAGAGGUUCACCGACAACAGCCAGAGGAUGAGGAGGGCCAGGGAGGAGCUCACCGGACUGCUGAACCGCUCCCAGACCAUGGCCUUUCUGCAGGCUUCCUAUGAACUGCCAAAGGUGGUGAACUUUGACCCCUACACGCCCAGAGUCAGCCUGGACUCUGAAAAGCUGGCGGUCAUCCAGGGCUCUGCGUCCGCCCUGAGGGCCGGUCUGGUGGCGCUGCUGGCCCAGCCCCUCGAGGCCAGAGUCUCUCUGCUCAGACCAGAACCUGGCCCCGACGCGGCGGCGGGAGGUGGUCAAGAUGGUUCCACUUCAGGGCCUGAAAGGGCUGUUUCCCAGCCAGAAAUCGCAAAGCCUGCACAGCAUCGCUCCAGGGCCAAAAGUCCCGGCCGCCCCCCCCUGCAGCCCCUCCUCCAGCCGGUCCGAACGCCCUUUGACCUCCUGUCACAGGCAGCCUGGUCCAAUCAGAGUUUGUCGGGCAGUUCCGGGGACCCCCCUCCAUCUCAGGGACCCCCCAAAAAUCAAGACAAAAGGCCCCCAAAAAAGAACAAGUAGAGGCUUCAGGGGGUCGUAGCACCAGUCCACCAUCAGGCUGAUUCCUUUAAUGGUCACCACGUGUGGAUAACCAAAUAAUAAUCUAUCUAUCUAUCUAUCUAUCUAUCUAUCUAUCUAUCUAUCUAUCUAUCUAUCUAUCUAUCUAUCUAUCUGACUGUGUCCGCUGCCUUUGGUUUGGCCUUUAAUAAUGUGCACAGUCCAGCUGAUGCAGGUGCACGUUUAUAUUUAAAUAAUUUUGGUUGAGGAUGUUAAUUUUGAGCCUUUUAAUUAAAAAAAUGUAUAUAUACACAUAUGUAUAAAUUUAAAAAAUGCAGGUGUUAGAUUAAUUACAUGAUUGAUAUAAAAAAUACAAUAAAAAUUUCCAAAUAAAUUAAUUCCUAAUGAUAAUAUAACAAUAAUUAAUAAU